AUGAUUACAUUAUUUUCCAUAUUCUUAUAAUAAUGCUUAGCUGAAAUUCUGAUUUAAAAUUUGGUAAAUACAACUAAAGGAAUAUAAAGAACCCCUUUAAAUUAUUUUUGUGAAAAUCUGCUUCCAUAAAAUAACCUCAAAAUAUCAGUCACUUAAUAGUCUUCAGAAAUGCCAAUAUUGGCGAUUUGUUAAGAUAAGCUUGAGAAUAUUGAGAAUUUUGAACACCUACUUGAUUCAUCUAAUGAUAGAUCAAAUGGUUGUUUAUUAGACUACAAUGCUUACGUAUUAAAAAACAAGACUUAAAUCAUCUUUCUGUCUCACAACGAAUACCCAACUUUAGUAUCCAAAUAUUACAAAAUUUUUCAUAUUGAAAGAAACCAAUGCAAUGCAAUUAUAUAUUCCACUACUUACUCAGAAUACAUUUUGACCAUUGAAUCUUUCGAGAUCAAUGAAUGCGCAGAGUAAAUGCAAUUAUUAUAUUAGGGAUUGCAAAAAUAAAGGUGUUUGUGUCAAAGGCUUUUGUCAAUGUUCAAUAGGAUUUGUUGGAUAUGACUGCUCUAUUGCAGCUACCAAUAUAGAAUAAAAUAGUUAUUUUUUUGGCUUUUAAGUCCAGUAUUUGGAUUUAAUCGCCUUAUAGUCAGUAGAUUAUACAAUUGAGUUAAAUUCUGAUAUAUCUUAUUCAAUAUAAUGUUAUUCGAACUCAUCGCGUUUGUUUAUGCCUCAUUAGAUAGGGAAAACUCUGAAGAUUGAAGAAAACCAAAUCAAUUUAUGCAAGGAACAAACAUUAAUAUUGGAGCAAUUCACAAAAAUUAAUUUUUACUCCUAAUUUAUUGUUGUAACUAACACCUCAGAUAUUGUCUAAUAUUCUGAAUACAACACUGAAUAACCAUCGAGCUUAAUAGUUAUAAUAGUAUUGACAACCAUCUUAAGCCUUAUGAUUAUUUCAAGUCUUGUAUGUUACAUUCUCAAAAAGAAAAGUAGCGUCAAAGAGUAGACUAAAGUCAAUCAAAUUGAAUAUUUCAUGCCUGUUUAACAAUUUCUAUCAGUAACAGACAGGAAAUCAUCUUGUAAAGAUGAAAAGUUUUGUUCAAUUUGUUUAGAGCAGUUUAAGCCUGACAGUAAUGUUAGAAUCACUUAUUGUGAACACAUUUUUCAUGUAAAUUGCUUGUAAAACUGGAUGAGAAAGAGUAGAGUAUCAUUUUCAUUUAAAAAUUAGGUCUGUCCUUUGUGCCGAGCUUCUCUAGAUACAAUUACGAUUUAAUCAAAGAAAAAUGACUUGAAGAGUCCUCAAAAAACUCAUAUUUUACAAUAAUUAAGUUAACAAUAAAAAAAUGAUGGUUCUCUGACUUCUAUUGAUGGAAGUCUUACAUAUCACUCACCAGUUACUAAGCAGCUUGCAGUUGUUAAGCACUCAAAAUUCCUAAAAUGAAUUUAUCAUUGAUCUUCA